AUGAUAUAUUUGAAGACAUUAUUAAACGUUAUAGACAACUCGGGAGCUCAAGUAGCUGAAUGUAUCAAAGUCUUACGUCAUGGACCUAGAAAUUUUGCUAAGGUUGGUGAUGAAAUAACCGUAGUCGUCAAACAGGCCAGAUCAAUGAACAAAGAAAUAACGGGCCAAUCUGCAAGUAAUAGAGUGAAAAGAAGAGAUAUAUGCCGUGCUAUUGUUGUUAGAACUAAAUCACCAUUCAUUAGACCAGACGGUUCUACCGUGAGAUUUGACGAUAAUGCCUGCGUUUUGAUUAACAAGAACGGGGACCCAUUAGGAACCAGAGUAUCUUCCGUUGUUGCCAAAGAAUUAAGAGACUUACAAUACAAUAAAAUCGUGUCAUUAGCUCCAAAAACCUUUUAG